CGGUUGUCACACGGAAGGGGAGGUAAAAAACAGGAUCUUCCAGCGGGGAUGCGAAGCGCCGAAGAGAAGGUGGCCCAAGAAACAAGUUGGGAAGGAUGUCGCUGGAUUUUGACAGUGCCGCUUUACAGAUGCAACAUGAAGAGGACGAAUAUGACCAAGAGGAUUAUGCUAGGGAGCAAGAGCUACAACAGCUACUGACAGAUCUUCCUCAUGACAUGCUAGAAGACAGCGGAGAUCAGCUUUCUGACUUCAGUGCAGCUGAAGAACAUGAGCAAGUGCAUGAACCCUGGGAUCAGGAUGCCACCAAAUGGAAUGAUCGCCCAGUUGCAACAAACCCUCCGAGUGAUUAUGGGCAGGACCAGAAUCUGUUUGCCAACCGCUUUGUGUACGAGCAAGGACACACCCCAAGUGAAAUGCAUGCGAGUGACUGGCCUGUCCAUCAUAACGAGGCAGAAGAUAAAAGCAUGUUUGAGAUCUCUGGCAGGGCCAGUGAAAACGGAUCUGAAGAUGUCUAUCUUGGAGAUGAUUUCAAAGCCCCCAGCCAUUACCCACAAAACGGGGUGUAUGCUGUGCCGCCCAAUUUUCGAGCCUUCACAAAUGGCCACCAGCAAGACUUCAGUAACCAGCAUGGCGUUGUACCAAACUUUGCUGAUUCUCCACAGGAACCCUUGAAGUUGCAGUAUGGUGGUUCAGAAACCAACAGCCAAUCUUUGGAGCCUUACAAAGUUGUGUAUAAACCCUACCAGAAGAAUGUUCAAAAAACAGCCCCUAUUUCAUCAGAGGCAGAAGCAUUUGAAGACCUGCAACAAGAAUUUCUAGGUACUGGUGAAAGUUCUUCAGACAACAGGCAGAUUCUUCAGCUGCAGGUUCUGAAUAAAGCAAAAGAAAGAACUUUAGGAGAACUUACUAACCAGCUGGAAGAAAGAGCACAGCAAAUUAGGUACCUUUCCCAUCAGCUUGCAAUUAUGAAAGAUGAAAAGGAUGGUAUGUUUCUUAGCCUCCAAGAAAGUCAAAAGCUCUACCAAAAUAGCAAGGAAAGGGAAGUUCAACUUGAAGGCCAAAUAAAAGCGCUCGAAAGCCAAAUUCAGACUCUGACAGCUAACGAGGAGCAGUUGAUCAAACAAUCCAAAGUGACAGAAGUUGCCAUGGAAAGUAUGCAACAGCAGCUCUUGGAACUUCGCCGUUCUGACACUCUUCAGCGUGCAAGGGAGCAACACGAGGCUAUCGUUGCCGCACUCAAGCAGAAACUGGAAGAGCAGACUUCAUCUUUGCAACAGAAACUCGAUGUGAAGAAUGCAUCCCUCCAGGAGCAGAUAGAAAUUUGUUGCCAUCUAAAGGAGCAUGUGAAACAGCUUGAAAGAACUCUUGAAGGAAGUAAAUUAGAAAAAAAUGAAAUAAUAAACCGCCUCUCAAGAAGUCUAGAAGAAAGCCAAAACCAGUGUGCAAAUUUAUUACAAACAG